AGCUAGUGAGCUGUCAUCAUGUUACACAACAGGACAAUUAAAUGUCGUGCCACCGAUCGAUGGAAUACAAAAUGCUUCAGACUGACAGAGCGCUAGUUGACUUCAAAUAAAUGGGAAAGGACGAAACUACCGUUGGAUUUUGAGAAAUGCGAGAACUGCGUUACGGUUGUGUCAAUUGAAUGAAAUGAAAAGGGAAUUUAUGUACGACAAUCACCGGAAAGCCUAUGGUAUAGUGAAAGGUGUUUGAUGUGAAUGUUAGUGCAGUUUCCCUGCACUAACUGGUGAGUCCGUGGUUCACGAAGCGUCCCUGAAGGUACCAGCACCAGUCAAGGAGAGUGGGCGGUCCGUCGCCGCCUGACCCCGCGCGCAGCAUAACGGUGCCCGCAGCGUCCCGGAGACGUCAACCGGCCAAAAGUGAGCAGCCAGCCGCAGUCCAGCAGCAGCAGCAGCUACACUCUCGGCGACCCUACCCUUUGGGUGAGGGGCUCUCUCUGACGUUGUGAUUGCCCCCCACAUCCGCUGUUACCAUGGGGGACGUCGUCCUUAUGCACUUCACCACGGUGGACUACGUCAUCUUUGCCUUUCUGUUGGUGGCCUCGACCGGCAUCGGCCUCUUCUACGCCUUCUCUGGCGGGCGCCAGCGCACCACGCAGGAGUUCCUGAUGGCGGACCGCUCAAUGAGCUGCCUGCCCGUGUCUCUGUCCCUGCUGGCCACCUUCCAGUCGGCCGUGGCCAUCCUGGGCGCUCCCUCUGAGGUGUACACCUUUGGGACUCAGUACUGGUUCCUGGGCUGCUCCUACUUCCUGGGCCUGCUCAUCCCGGCCCACGUUUUCAUACCAAUCCUCUACCGACUGAGGCUGUCCAGCGCCUACGAGUAUCUGGAGCUGCGCUUCAACAAGACGGUUCGCAUAUGUGGGACGGUGACCUUCAUCUUCCAGAUGGUCAUCUACAUGGGGGUGGUCCUGUACGCCCCGGCCCUGGCACUCAAUGCAGUGACAGGUUUUGACCUGUGGGGGGCGGUGCUGGCCAUGGGGUUGGUGUGCACUCUAUACACUGCUCUGGGCGGUCUGAAGGCGGUGAUCUGGACCGACGUCUUCCAGACGGUGGUGAUGUUUGCUGGCCAGCUGGCGGUCAUCGUGGUGGGAGCCAGCCAGGCGGGUGGCAUGGCGGAGGUGUGGAGGAAAGCACUGAAUGGCAGCCGCAUUUCUGGACUUGACCUGAACCCCGACCCUCUGGAGCGCCACACCUUCUGGACGCUGGGGGUGGGCGGAGUCUUCCUAAUGCUGGCCCUGUACGGGGUCAACCAGGCCCAGGUCCAGAGGUACCUCAGUUCUCGUACGGAGAGAGAGGCCGUCAUGUCCUGCUACGUGGUGUUCCCCUGCCAGCAGAUCGUCUUGUGUUUGGGUUGCCUGAUGGGUCUGGUCAUGUUUGCUCGCUACGGAGAGGACAGCCCACUGGACAAAGGCUACGUUAAGACUAAUGACCAGAUGGUGCUGUAUUUUGUGAUGGACGUCUUCAAGGAUCUGCCCGGGCUUGCAGGACUGUUUGUGGCGUGUCUCUUCAGUGGAGCUCUCAGCACCAUCUCAUCAGCUUUUAACUCCCUAGCAACGGUAACCAUGGAGGACCUGAUUAAACCUCAUUUCCCAAACAUGACUGAGGCUAAAGCUACGCUGCUAUCCAAGGGACUUGCGUUGGUCUAUGGCCUGGUGUGUCUAGCUAUGGCCUACCUCGCCUCUAAAAUGGGAUCUGUGCUGCAGGCAGCCUUCAGCAUCUUUGGGAUGGUGGGAGGUCCUCUGCUGGGCCUCUUCUGUCUGGGAAUGUUCUUUCCCUGGGCAAACUCCACUGGGGCCGUGGUCGGGUUGGUAGCGGGCCUCGCCAUGGCCUUCUGGAUCGGCAUCGGGAGCUUUGUGAUGCGUAUGUCCGAUUCCAUCCCGAUGCCGCCGCUUAACGCCACCGCUCUGCCGCCGUUUGACAACACGUCUGUGAUGACUGCUCUGGUCAACGCCACCACACCGAGGCUCAGGCCGUCGGGUGUGCAGGCGCUCUACUCGUUGUCCUACAUGUGGUACAGCGCUCACAACUCCACCACUGUGGUGGUGGUGGGACUCCUCGUCAGCUUCCUAACCGGGCCCAUGAAGGAGAAGGAUCUGACCCCCGGCACAGUGUUCCCCGUCCUGGGCACGCUACUCUUCUUCCUGCCCGAGCGCUACAGGGAGAAGCUCUGCUGUGUCACUCCUCUGUCCACGCCUCCGGAGUCCAAAGAUAUCCCCGCGCAGACAUAUCGGAUGGCCAAAAAGGACAUCAACGGAACGGCUCUCUGCAAGGAGGACACGGUCACCGAGGACAAAGAGAUGGAGAGCGACCGGGCGCAGACAGAGGAGGACGACGUGGAAUCGAGGACGCCUCUACCCUCAUGCAAACUGACGGGUCAGACGGUCGAGGAGACAGUCUUCUGAUCCCGUCUCGUCCUACUUCUAAACAAGCAGGUCUUCCUGGGCUUGUGGAGCACGUCGCUAUGCAGGAGGUUUUAUUUUACAAUGUCAUGAUCAGUUGAGUCUGGUUACAGUAAAUGUCCAUAGACUGGGUGUUUUAUGGAACGUGUCCACCGGAUGUCCCCAUGGGAGUCAGUGAAGCACCGGUCCAGAUCUGUGCAGCUGGAAGGAGAGCCGGCGGCUCCGCCAGGUCGGAUCCACGCACUUAGACCACAAAAUUAGCAUAAUCAGGUAGUCCUCAAAAGGUACAAGAUGUAAAUGAUGUAAGCAAAAGCCAUACAAUCCCACAAUAUGUUUUAAGAGAAUCUAUUAUAAAAAUAACUUUUGACGGACAGCUGUCAGCCUUCCAGCCAAGUGGUGUGUCUGUGUGUCCACAUGGGCCCGGGACGAGGACACAAGCAUUGUCCUCUGGGGACAAAUACCACCCACUUCAAAUCCCUCACUAGUUACCCACAACUUAGUUUACAGUGAGCAAAGAAGAGUUUGUGAUGGGCUGUUUUCCAAAUGUUCUUUAAUCUUCUCCAGUUGGCUAAUGGUAUUAGACAGGGAGCUCCAUCCGAUGUCCGAACCGCAGGAACUUCUCCUAUUUAUUUUCCUUUCUAAUCCAGGUUGUUGUCAGUGUGUUGUUGAUUUGUACAACUGUGUGUGUUUGAAUAUUGUCGUUGUUGAUCUGUUUUUUGGAAUCACAGAAUUCUUGACCAUCCCCCAUUUUAGCUGUGUGUGUGUGUGUGUGUGUGUGUGUGUGUGUGUGUGUGUGUGUGUGUGUGUGUGUGUGUGUGUGUGUGUGUGUGUGUGUGUGUGUGUGUGUGUGUGUCGCUGAAGAUCAGGGGCGAACCAACCCGCUGACCUGUUUCAAAGGGUCACGUAGUAGAUCCCCGAGGUGUUGGGGCAUCCUUUAGGAGGAGGGAAAGAAGGCCUGGCUGUCAGGUGACGCGCAUGUACACCAGCAGCGUGGUAAUGAUCCUGGAAUCUAGUGACGCACAGCGGGAAGGAAGCGAGUCCCCCAAUCAGAACGUCAUUUAAGUCAAAGAGUGCGCAGCUAUAGUACCAAGUACCAAUGGACACUACUAAUAGCACAUCCGUUACUUGGUGGAUUUGGGUUUUUUAUGAACAAUCUGAAUCUCCAGUCUAGUCUAACUAGUAGUAACUACAGUAAAAAUGAUACUUGAGUAAAUGUACUCAGUAAUAUUGAAGCACUACUAGAUAUUAAAAUGUCAUUUUAAUACUUUUAAGAUUUCUAAAACCAAACUUUUUUUCUAGAGAAGACUUCUUUUACAAUCCUUGGAAAUAUAAAAGAAAUGUUUGUUGUGCCUUCACAAAAGGAGAGUGAGCAGAACGUGUGAAUGAGAUGAAGAUGGAGGUUGAUCUUGUGGAACCAUUCAGCGCCAAAAUACCUCCAUUCAUCCAAAGCAUAUAGAAUACCAUUCUUUUUAUAUUUUGAUUAGUUUCUUUUUUACCAACAGAAUAUAUAUUUGAGAUUGUGUAUUUUUUGUGUAAAUUCACCAAAAAGCCACAUUUCUUGUUGAAAUGUGGGAUUCUAUAUGCAAGAACAUGUCUCCGUGUGGCAUGCGGUCGCAUCCUUUGCCUUUAGCAGAAAGACGCGACAUCACACACGGACCCUACGGAAUGCUUUCAACUACUUUGACACAAGGUGACAUUGUGUAUUUGUAUUUAUGAUUUAUGAUGCCUUCAUACUUGAAAUGACUUGAAGUGUGUGCCUGUAAUGUCACCUUGAUGAUGCACAAACCUUUUAUAGUGAGAAGUGUCCCCCAUGAAGACGUAAUAAAGCACAACGACUCGAAGGCACGUACAGUUUGGGAAAGAAGGUGCUUCGUCAUUUCCAGCAACGAUAAAUAUUGUUU